GCGCCAUGAUGUAGCUCUCCCUGCUGCGGAUCUAUGGCGAACUCUUGAUUCAGCGGAGCCUCUUCACAUCAAAAUUCACAAUUACCGCCUAAAAAAGGAUUCCUUAUUAAACUGUACAGUUUCAGUGACAUUACUGUUCAGAGAUGCCGGGACUCAGCUGUAGGUUUUACCAGCAUCGGUUCCCGGAGGUGGAGGACGUGGUGAUGGUGAACGUGCGCUCCAUUGCUGAGAUGGGCGCCUACGUCAGCUUGCUGGAGUACAACAACAUCGAAGGCAUGAUCCUGCUGAGUGAACUCUCGCGCCGACGUAUUCGCUCCAUCAACAAACUGAUCCGUAUCGGCCGCAACGAAUGCGUUGUGGUGAUCCGAGUGGAUAAAGAGAAGGGAUAUAUCGACUUAUCAAAGAGAAGAGUAUCUCCAGAGGAGGCCAUCAAAUGUGAAGAUAAGUUUACCAAAUCUAAGACUGUCUACAGUAUUCUGAGGCAUGUGGCCGAAGUGCUGGAGUACACCAAGGACGAGCAGCUGGAAAGCCUCUACCAGCGCACUGCCUGGGUCUUCGAUGAGAAAUUUAAGAGGCCGGGAUACGGCGCCUACGAUGUCUUUAAACAAGCAGUGUCUGAUCCCUCUAUUCUGGAUGGACUGGAUCUGACAGAAGAAGAGAGGACUGUGCUCAUCGACAACAUCAACCGGCGGCUCACGCCACAGGCCGUAAAAAUCAGAGCAGAUAUUGAAGUGGCGUGUUACGGAUAUGAGGGAAUAGAUGCUGUCAAAGAUGCCCUGAGGGCAGGACUUAAGUGCUCCACAGAUGCCAUGCCAAUUAAGAUAAAUCUGAUUGCUCCUCCACGGUAUGUGAUGACCACAACCACUCUGGAGCGGACUGAGGGCCUGUCUAUGCUCAACCAGGCCAUGGCGGUCAUCAAAGAGAAAAUCGAAGAGAAGCGAGGAGUCUUCAACAUCCAGAUGGAGCCCAAAGUGGUGACGGACACAGACGAGACGGAGCUACAGAGGCAGCUGGAGCGUUUGGAAAGAGAGAACGCUGAGGUGGACGGAGACGACGAUGCUGAGGAGAUGGAGGCCAAGGCCGAAGACUAGUGAAGCCUUCGUAGGGAAAAGUUCAGCUCCACAAGCAGCAGUUAGACCCUCUUGGAGGGGAUACAGAGCUAUUCAGAUUAUGAACUGUUUUUGUAUCCUAACAAAAGUGGUAUCUGUAAAAGGAAAAAAAAAAAAAAUACGAAUUAAAAUUUCUACGCAAACUGG